CAUCGUUUGAAGAAUUCUGAGCGCCAGUGAUUCACGGCAUUUGUCGAUGAUUUGAUUCUGUAGCCUCUGUAAUAACAAUUGCUGGGGAUAGGGACAGUGUUAGCAGUGCGCAGGGACCCUUCUCGGUGUUGGGAUUCAUAGAAUUUGGUUCAAUUUGUAAAGGAUUUCGGUGACAGAGUUGUAUUGAAAAUGGGGCACUUGUACGCUCUGGACUUUGAUGGGGUGCUGUGCGACAGCUGCGGCAAGAGCUCCAUCUCUGCGGUUAAGGCUGCCCAAAUUCGGUAUCCAGAGCUUUUCGCUGGCAUGGAUGCAGCUACAGAGACUUGGAUCCUCUAUACCAUGCGCGUUGUGCGGCCUGUUGUGGAGUCUGGAUAUGAGAAUGUUCUACUUGUGCGGCUGCUGUUGGAGAUCACAGCUCCUCAUCUGCGCAAGACCUUGGUAUGUGGCGGGGAAUUGUCUGUCGACGACAUUUUAGCAGAUUGGGAGCAUGGCAUCAAGCCAGUGCUGAUGAAAGAAUGGAGUGAGAACAAAGAGGAUCUGGUAGAUCUUUUUGGAAAAGUACGUGAUGACUGGCUGGAGCACGAUCUUCGCGGUUGGAUUGGUGCUAAUAGGUUUUACCCGGGGACAGCAGACGCUUUAAAGUUUUCAUCCUCUACCUUAUUUAUUGUGACAACAAAACAAGCUCGAUUUGCAUCAGCACUACUGAGGGAAAUAGGUGGUAUUGACUUCCCAAUGGACCGCAUAUAUGGCCUUGGCAGUGGACCUAAAGUCGAGGUGCUAAAGAAGCUACAAGAGCGACCUGAACAUGAAGGCUUGACUCUUCAGUAA